AUGGUUUCUUCAAGAGAGCUCUGUAGGGAUGCUGCCAGUUUUUUUGUUUAUUUCUGUGUGUUUCUUCAUGUAUUUACCCUCAACUUUGUGUAUUCUCAAUGCCCAAAAAGUUUCCAGUGUGGAAAUCUUGGCACUUUGUCGUUUCCUCUGACAAAAUUUUCGCAACCCGGAUGUGGGUUGUUCGCGGUUCAGUGCAAUGCUCUUCCGAAUCCAAGAAUUCACCUGGAUACUGAAAGGUUAUCGACAUCAUAUGAGAUUAUAUCCAACAUAUCUACCAAUCGAGCAUUGAUUCGAAACCCUAUUCUUGAAAGUCUUUUGCAAAGAAAGAGUAAAUUGAAACUGGUUGUUGCCGCAGGCGCUUCAGCUUCAGCGGCUGACCUCACUCCAAAUGAAGGAAUAUAUUCAGUUCACGCUGGUUCCAUCUUGUCUAUGAGCUCGACUCCUUGGCAAGGUCCUUUCCUUUGUACUGACUGCCAUGAUAAGAUGGAUGGAUGCAAUGGAAGGAAAACGGCCAAGUGGAGUUAG